CCAGCUCCCGCGGUGCAGGGCCAGAGGUCAUCGCUCAGCGGGGUGUGCUACCUGACCAUGGGUCUCCUCGUGCUGCUCCUGGGGUUGGUCUUUGCAUCGAUGUAUGUGUACAGAUACUUCUUCAUCACCCAGCUGCCCCGCGAGAGCGUGUUUCACUGCGGCGUCCUUUAUGAAGACUCACUGUAUUCGCCGUUCAAAGGACAGAUGGAGCUGCACGAAGAUGUCAAGAUUUUCAUUGAGGAGAACUACGAGCAGAUCAAUGUCCCAGUGCCUCAGUUUGGAGGGAGCGACCCUGCAGAUAUCAUCCAUGAUUUCCAGCGAGGUCUGACCGCUUAUCAUGACAUAACGCUGGAUAAGUGCUACGUCAUCGAGCUGAACACCACUAUUGUGAUGCCUCCUCGCAACCUGUGGGAGCUGCUGGUUAAUGUGAAGAAAGGGACGUACCUGCCUCAGACGUACAUAAUCCAAGAGGAAAUGAUCGCGACCGAGCACGUCAGUGACAUGGAACAGCUCGGCUCCUUUAUCUACCGCCUCUGCAGAGGCAAAGAGACCUACAGGCUGAAGCGGAGGAGCGCCAGGAGACGUAUCAGUCGACGCGAGGCUGGAAACUGUCAUCGUAUUCGUCACUUUGAGAACACUUUUGUGGUUGAAACUGUUAUCUGCAAAAAGUCAUGAAGCCACUCUCCAGAUGUAACCUUCCUUGGCUUUGCUUGUGUACACAUGCACACACAUGCUCUCAGUCUGCUCCUUUAGACAUGGUAAUCUGUCUUUUUUUUACUCCCUCCCCUGCUUGUGCAGCUCUAACAUCUUGGGUCCAUUGUGGCCUCACAGUGGAUUCUCUUUUCUCCCUGCUACAUACCUGAGGCAUUUCCUGGGCUUAAAUUUACACAGUGGUCAAAGAUAACUUGGGAGUAGAUGCAGCUUCUUCCACACCACAGGACGGGAAUCUCUUUGGGGAGCA